CACAGAUUAAAUUCAAUGUUUUCGUCAUUAUCAUCGUCGAAAAAACUUCUUAUCAUCAUGAUUUCAUCAUCAUUAAGACGUUCGAAACGUAAAAAUGUCCAGAUAAAUUUUUCUAAUGACAAUGAAACAGAAAUUCGAUUGAAUAAACGGCCAUCAAAUGAAAAAAAAGAUGAAUCGAUAAAAAUGCCCAAAAAUUGGCGUCUAAUCUAUGAAAAUAUUGCCAAAAUGCGUUCAAGGACAAUUGCACCAGUCGAUACGAUGGGUUGUGAUCAAUGUUAUGAUACGGAUAUUAAUGACAAACAAAAACGAUUUCAAAUACUCGUCUCAUUAAUGUUAUCCAGUCAGACAAAAGAUCAGGUAACAUACGCAGCAAUGAACAAGCUUCGGGCGCAUAAUUUAUCCAUUGAAUUUAUCAAUAAAAUUUCGUGUGAUGAAUUAAUGAAUCUGAUUAAACCGGUUGGAUUUUAUCGACGUAAAGCUGAAUAUCUUAAACAAACGGCGUGUUUAUUACGAGAAAAAUAUGACGGUGAUAUACCCAAGACGAUUGACGAACUGAAAAAAUUACCGGGUGUUGGUCCUAAAAUGGCACAUCUUGCAAUGGUUACUGCUUGGAAUCAGAUAACCGGUAUUGCUGUCGACACACAUGUUCAUCGUAUAUCGAAUCGUUUACAGUGGACAUCUGGAACCAAAACACCUGAACAAACACGUAUAGAGCUAGAAAAAUGGUUACCAAGAGAUUAUUGGAAUGAUAUUAAUCAUCUUCUAGUUGGUUUUGGUCAAACAAUUUGUCUGCCAGUAAAACCUAAAUGUGAUAUCUGUCUUAAUAAUGAGCAUUGUCCAUCAUCAGAAUUUUAA